GUGAUCCAUCAAUUUCGGCGCGCACUUGUUGCCUUCAAUUCAUUCCAGUUGCCUCUUUGUUAGUGUGACAAAAUGCAGUUUAUAAUCCUCUGAAACAAUAUUAAUAUUGGAAUUAAGAAUAUUUCAUGUAAAGGAGGAAACAAAUUAAAGUAACAAUGGCAGACACCGUGUAUAGAUAUAUGAAAGUGCAGAAUAGACCAUAUAGUGUUAAUGAUAUAGUGUCUAGUUUGCAUAACGAGUAUGGUAAAGUAGCUGUUCAAAAAGCUAUAGAUAGGCUGGUGAACGAUGGGAAAAUAUUUGAGAAGGUCUAUGGGAAGCAAAAGGUUUAUUGUGUAGUUCAGGACUUAAAUCGUGAUGUUGAGGAGUUGAUGAGGAUAGAUAAAGAAUUGCAGUCACAUGCUAACGAAGUCGAGAGUCAAUAUCAAGCAUUGGAAAACGAGAUAAAAAAACAGGAAGCUUUCCUAGCUUCUAUCAAGUCUAGCAUCACAAUUGAAGAAGCAAAGCAACAAAAAGCUGCACUCGAGGAGGAUGUUAAUGUGCUAACGCUUAAAUUGGAUGGGUUGAUGGAGGCAAGUGGUACAGAAGAUUUGAGCGAACGUAAGAGGAAGGCAGAUAGAGCAUUCAGUGAUUACUCACGUGAAUAUGCAAAACGAAAACGUCUGUGUACCGAAAUUAUAGAUUGCAUCUUGGAACACUAUCCUGGGACUAAAACUGAGUUAUACGAGGAAAUAGGCAUGGAAGUAAAAAUUGUUAAGUGACACCAAUAUUAUGACAUGUUCCAUGAUAUUUAGAUAUAAGUUUAUAUUUUUAUAUUUAAUAUAAGUAACUGUUUAAAAAUGUUAACUAUUUAUUAUUACCUGAAAAUGCAUUUUCUACCGAUACUCAAUUUUCCUAAAACAUAUAAUUAAUAUUACUAGUUAUGUGUAUGUAUUUUAUAAGGUUACAAAGUUUAAUAAAUUAGAGGAAUUUAAU